AUGUUUCGCUUAGCAGUUCUUAUCUUGAGUUGUUUCGUUUUCUCUGGCGAAAGUGCCAUUGCUGAUCGUUAUAGAGAUCGUAUUAUAGGGGGAGAGGAUGCUUCUAUUCAAGACUUUCCAUACCAAUGUUCCCUUCAGAAGUUGGAAAACCAUGCUUGCGGAUGUAGUAUCUACAAUGAAAACUAUCUUAUAAUUGCUGCUCAUUGCCUUGUCGGUGCAACCCAAAGUGAUAUCAACCACAUGCAGGUACGUUGUGGUUCGAAUUUCUGGAGUACAGGUGGACUUCUCAGAGAAGUGGAAUCGGUUAUUCUACAUCCUAACUAUGAUACCGACACUAUGGCAAAUGAUAUUGCUUUGGCAAAAGUAAGCUUGCCGUUGAUUUUUAGCAGCACAGUGAAACCCGUCAAAUUGGCCAAUUCUAUGCCUGCUGAUGGAAGUCCUGUCGAGGUGAGUGGAUGGGGUUAUAAGAAAGAGGAAGUGAGAGCCAUGACUGCAAAGUUGCAAAUGACGACGGUCACUUUUCUUUCGGGCAAACCGUGUUCUUCUUCACUUUAUAAGUACUUGGGUGAAAUCAAGCCUGGUAUGGUUUGCGGUGUCGGAGAAGAUAAGGACGCAUGUCAAGGUGAUUCUGGCGGCCCAUUGGUAAAUGAAGCACAUGAACAAGUUGGAGUCGUAUCAUGGGGAUAUGGUUGUGGUAAGCCUGGUUAUCCAGGUAUAUAUUCUGAUAUACAAACCUACAAAGAAUGGAUUAAGAAGAAUGCUGCAUAA